UCUUCUAUAAUCCGGCUUGAAAAAUCAAAAAUCCUUGGCUAAACUUUACUUUUAGACUUAAAAUUCAAUUGACUAAAUGACAAACUCCAAGUGUCUGAUUUAUUUCUAUAGAUUAAAGUUAAAUAUAAACAACCUGGCAAUAAAGUUUAGCCUUGUUUAAGUUUUUAACUUCAUAGCUGCUUCUGAUGGGAUUACUUCAUUGACUUAAUGAAUAAUCAAUUCCCAAAUCCUUUUUACAGGCGGAUUUCUUUUGGAUUUUAUGCAAACAAUGCUAAUUAUUUAUGUUUGUUAUUUGAUUUUCUGAUAGAGGAGUGUCUGAGUGAACAUGUGUGAAAAUGGGUGAUAUUGUGAGGUGAUUUAUUUUUGGCCGAAAUAUUUUUUAUAGACAGGAGAUAAGAAAGCUAUUUCUGAUUUCGUUCGAAGCAAAUUUUAGCCUUUUGGUCGUACCGGGACGGCUUCUUGUGAUCUUUUCUUUGAAUCAUGUCUAAAGUUUCGGUUUUUUCCAAACCCUGGUAAAUUGUAAUUUUCUUCAAUUGAAAAUCCAACGGUUUAUACAUGUUUUCUUUUAUUUCUCUUCGCCCAAAUAAUAAUAUACGAAUUUAUCUGGCAUCCUGCCGGCGGCUCCGUUGGCAGGUCGCGUUGCCCGUGGUCGGGUCCGCUAGAGUUGGGACAUCGGCUGGGCUUGUGUGGAAAUUCUAAAAUGAGAUGGCCAAAUCCCAAAAUAAGGAAAGAAUACGUCAAGUACGCCAAAGUUUUCCCCCUGUCGCAAGCCCUAGACUUUAAAAUACCUGCUAAGUGGUACAGAAGGGUCAUCGGAGGUCUUGAGCUCCUCUGCGGCUUGGCGAUGGCCGUCGUGCCUAUAGACGCAGUAAAACAAGGAGCAAACAUAACACUGCUGUUUUUAAUGGUAAUGGCAGUCUAUUCCCAUUAUAUGGUGAAUGACAAAUUUGAAAGGACUGCUCCUGCACUGGUGUUUUUCUUUAUGCUAACUGGACGGAUGGUUAUAGACUGGCAGCUCAAAAGGAAACAGGAAGCGGUGACAAGCAAUGGUGACGCAAAACAAAAGAAACAAGACUGAUUAGAUUUUGUGUCAAUUUUUUUCGUACCAAGUGUAAAACCAAAGAGAAAAAGUACUGAAGAAAUUUCAGUCCGUUGCUCCAUUUUCGACAAAGUCUUUGUUACCUACUUAGGUUUAAUGUCUUGUAUUGUCCCAUGUCAGGAGCUCAUCGGUUGUACCAUUCGUUUUUUUGUUAAUUUUGCCUCGAAUGUGAUAAAUUAGCAGAAUUUUAUUUUAAAAUUUUUUGUAUGUUUUUCCCUCGACUAAAUCGAGCCUUCUGGACAAAAUUUGAAAAGUCGAACAAUAUGUCAUACUACAAACAAGCCUUAACUAUAUUAAACAAUAUUAUCAUUCUUUGCAUGAACAUUUAAUUACAAUUAAUAAUUAUAUUAUAUACAAUUAUGUCAGUGAGUCCUUAGAAGUUAAAUUUGCACAAUUAUUAAUAUGAGAAGGAAAAAAGACACGUUUAAUUUUUGUUCUCUUGUUCACAAUAUUGCUUACACAUUUCUUGUAAAAAGAGAAAAAUGUAAAAAUAUAGUCAUAGUUUGUAAAAAUCAUUACUAGAUUUUUUUCUUCUUCAGUUACUAUUUUAUUAGCGAUUACGAUGACAAAAGUGUAAAUAAACUUUAGGGAUGUAUUGUUAUUUUAAAAUGUAAUUGCUCAGAAGUUGUUACACGUCUUUAUAAUGUGAUUUAUAGGAUU